UUUAGAAGAAUUCGGCUAUCAUUCAAUAAACUGAAAAAUGUCACUUUUCCGCUAUAAUCCUCGCGAUUAUUUCUAUACCUCACCGAUGGAACGUUUCAUAGUAAAUCUCCUCGACAACACAUUCGAUGACAGGUCAUAUCGACCGCUGCAAAGUGUCGCACCAUAUUGGCUACAUCAGCCGAUAUUGAACGAAUGUAAUAUCGGAAACGCGCUUGGCGAGGUAUUGGAUGAGAAGGACAAGUUUGGAGUUCAAGUUGAUGUUUCCCAUUUCCAUCCCAAGGAACUUUCGGUGUCGGUUCGAGAUCGUGAAUUAACUAUUGAGGGUCAUCACAAGGAGCGUACUGAUCAAUCAGGACAUGGUAGUAUCGAACGUCACUUCGUUCGAAAAUAUGUUAUGCCAGAAGAAGUACAACCUGACACCAUCGAAUCACAUUUGUCCGAUAAAGGGGUAUUGACAAUUUGUGCGGCCAAAACAACUGUCGGCACACCUGCAGCACGCAACAUACCUAUUCGGGCAUCCCCAAAAGAACCGGAAGCAGGUGACAAAUCGACAUCGAAUAGUACGGAACAGUCAAAAUGAAAGUUUUAUCAACAUGCCACUGUUUUUUUUUUUGUACAUAUUAUAAAGAGAAAAUGUUUUAUUAAAGGAAUUUGAAGAUGGAUAUGAUCACUCCUCCGUCUUUUUGGACAGCAGUAACUUUCCCCAUUUUCUAUGAUCCUUAUCGACCCUUUCCACUUAUAGUUCUG